UCCCAGUGUUGGAGCAGAGGCAAACAGCUUGAGUGGGAACAUACUCUGGCCUAGUGUUCCAUUCAAAAACGACGCCAACCUUCAAUUAGUUGAAUCUGCCUUGAAGACUAUCAAUGGUUUGAUCACCAGCUCUACGUGUCCCCUUACGCAGUUAGGCACUUUUUCAGUUCUUGUCGCAAUACCUCGUCUAAAACAUUGCACGGGCAGUGUGCGAGUGUGGUGUUGGGGAUUUUUCUGCAUUCUCGAUGCCUCUGACGACUGCAAUUUAGGAGCAACAAGCUGUCAAGGAUUCUAUGGCUCAAGACAAAUUCCAUAAGGAUCUCUUGCUCGCGGGAGAGAUUCAAUAUCUUCAUGGUUUGUCCAUUCAGUUGUUGGACAAAACUGAUCAGUGCCUUCAAAAAAUGGACCAAAGUUUGGCUGGCCGGGAAAUGAUGGAAGGGGAUAAUCUUUAUCCUGCUUGUUCUCAUUGUCUUUCAAUCUUGAAGGAGUUGUAUCAAAUUUCUAAGCUUUAUGAUGGGGCUGAAGAAAAGCUUUGGGGUGUUUUGAUGCGUCAAAGAAGUGUGCUGUGUCUGCUGAUAGUUCGAUAUGCGAAGAGAACCGAUGAGCAUCAGUGGAUUCUAAAGCGUAGGUGUGUGACCAAUUUUGAGUCUAGAAGGCAUUUGGCCAUGAUGAUCUUCCCGGAGGUAAAAGAAGACUACAAGGAGUUGCGCAAGAUGCUUAUUGACAGGUCUCAGUUAUUGGCUGAGUCUUUUGAAUGCAUAGCACUUGCUGAGCCUGAAUCUCUACAUGCUGGCCUGUUUAUGAAAUUCCAAAAUGAGGAACCUACUGGCCCAGGUGUACUAAGGGAGUGGUUUCUUCUAGUAUGUCAAGCAAUAUUUAAUCCACAAAAUGCUCUUUUUGUGGCAUGCCCAAAUGAUCAAAGGAGAUUUUUCCCUUAUCCUGCAUCUAAGGUACAUCCUCUGCACCUUGAGUACUUCAGCUUUGCUGGUCGAGUUAUUGCAUUAGCUUUGAUGCAAAGGGUGCAAGUGGGUAUUGUUUUUGAUCGUGCGUUUUUCUUGCAAUUGGCGGGAAACUCUAUUACAUUAGAAGAUAUAAGGGAUGCAGAUCCUUAUCUGUAUACUAGCUGCAAGCAAAUAUUGGAUAUGGAUGCUGAUUUCAUUGAUUCAGAUGCAUUAGGACUGACAUUUGUUAGAGAGGUGGAGGAAUUAGGACAGAGGAAAGUGGUUGAGCUCUGCCCUGGUGGAAAAAACCUUGUAGUUAAUAGUAAGAACAGGGACAAGUAUGUUGAUAUUCUUAUACAGGAUCACUUCGUAACAUCCAUAUCUGAGCAGGUACCACAUUUUGUCAAUGGUUUUGCAGAUAUUCUCUCAAAGUCAAAGCUCCAGCAGUACUUCUUCCAAAGUUUAGACCUCGAAGAUCUUGAUUCGAUACUGCAUGGGAGUGUUGCCAAGUAUCCGUUGUAG